UUUCAUGUAACCGAACAAAAGGAAACGUCAGUGGGAAUCCAAUACGGAAGCUUUCACCAUUUCCAAUUUAAUGGCGUUCUACAUUGAGAGAUCUCCUAUGAGCACCACCACACUGCGUGGCGUCCCCAUUUGGUAAGACCCAUUUUGCGACGGUAUCUUUCGUCGUUUCGCUCCGCUUAUCGGCUGCGGGGUCGCCUCGCUGACCGUCUCCCACGCGUUCCCACCCGAUCAAAGAAGUAGCUCGUUCUCCGGCGCCCUUUCCGACGAUUUUAUCCUCAUCUCUUCCCACUCGCGGCUGCUUCAAGUUCAAGGAGUCAACCACAAGUUUGAGGAAUGUUGUAAUGCAUGCGUGAAGUGUGUAAAGUCUUUCUCUCUGUAGAAUAACCCGCUCUCUCCAGCUAUAUAUGCUGUCAAAACCGUCCACUGGAACGACCACAAUCACCAUGGGAACGGUCGAACCUCACGGGUUCUCCCCCGGCCGCCGGGACGCAGAUGCCGGAGCCAUGUUCGUGCUCGAAUCGAAAGGGAAAUGGUGGCACGCCGGCUUUCACCUAACCACAGCAAUCGUUGGGCCGACGAUCUUGACGCUGCCAUAUGCUUUCCGGGGGAUGGGAUGGGCGGUGGGCAUCGUGUCGCUGACCGCGACGGCGAUGGUGACGUUCUACUCCUACUACCUCAUGUCCAAGGUGCUCGACCACUGCGAGAAGGAGGGCCGCCGGCACAUCAGAUUCCGGGAGCUCGCCGCCGACGUUCUAGGGUCUGGCAUGAUGUUUUACUUUGUAAUCUGUGUUCAAACCGCCAUCAAUACUGGAGUUGGAAUUGGAUGCAUACUGCUCGCAGGAGAAAGUCUGCAGAUCAUGUAUACAAGCAUUUAUCCGGAUGGGCCCUUGAGAUUGUACCAGUUCAUCGCCAUGGUCACGGUGGUGAUGAUACUUCUCUCUCAGAUGCCAUCCUUCCACUCUCUGAGAUACAUAAACCUCGCCUCCCUCAUCCUCAGCUUGGGCUACUCUUUCGUGGUUGUUGGUGCUUGCAUUUAUGCAGGGUACUCGAAGGACGCCCCACCCAAAGACUAUUCGCUAGAAUCAUCAAAGUCUGCACGGACAUUCAGUGCCUUCACGUCCAUCUCCGUCCUCGCUUCCGUUCUCGGUAAUGGGAUUCUCCCCGAGAUCCAGGCGACUUUGGCACCUCCGGCAGCAGGGAAGAUGCUGAAGGGGCUGAUCAUGUGCUACACUGUCGUAAUGGUGACUUUCUAUUCUACGGCCAUCACCGGUUAUUGGGCGUUCGGCAACAAAGCCAGCUCCAACAUCUUGAAGAGUCUCAUGCCCGACGAUGGGCCUUCUUUUGCUCCCACAUGGCUCCUUGGCCUUGCCGUCGUCUUCGUCCUCUUGCAGCUCUUCGCCAUUGGCAUGGUAUACUCUCAAGUUGCAUACGAAAUCAUAGAAAGGAAGUCGGCAGAUGUGAGGAAAGGCAUGUUCUCAGCGAGGAACCUUCUGCCCAGGUUGCUGCUUCGAUCCGUCUACAUGGCAGCCUGCGCCUUCGUCGCGGCCAUGCUUCCCUUCUUCGGGGACAUAAAUGGGGUGGUGGGAGCCAUUGGCUUCAUCCCUCUGGACUUCGUCCUCCCCAUGCUCCUCUACAACAAGAGCGUGAAGCCACCUCGCACCUCCCUUACCUUCUGGAUCAACGUCUCCAUCAUGUUUGUGUUUUCCGGCGUCGGGCUCAUGGGUGCUUUCUCGUCCAUCAGGAGGCUGGUUCUGGAUGCCAAUCGAUUCAAGCUCUUCAGCAAUGAUGUGGUUGAUUGAUUGGUGUAUAUCCCAUUAUGUUCAUUCACAUUCUUCAAGCUCUGUGGCAAUGAUGUGGCUGAUUGCUUGGUGUAUAUAUAUAUGCGGACACUUGGGGCUUGGAUUUCUCCGUUCAAGUUUUACGACGGAGAAAUCCUCCGGCCUCUCACAGCAUUCCGCGCAUGUUGGAGAUAGUUGUUAUAAAAUUAAUAGAACCUUCCCAUCAUCAACAACAUAUAAGAUCGCAAGAUCAAGGGCGGUGUUGGUCGAAAACCAUGUCUCAGGUGUUUUAAUUUUGAGUUCAUCCACGGGCUUGGCUUACCUUGUGGGGGAAGGCUUGCUAAGUUGCUGGGGUUAUUCGUCGGUUACCAAAAAAAAAAAAGGAGAAAGAAAACAAGAAUUUGAGUUUGAUUCAUAAUGACCUUUUGUAAGAAGUCCCGUCUGUUAAUUUUCACUGUUUUAUUUUUCCUUCUUUUGUAUACAAAAAUUAUAUUGAAAACUAAUCAAAGAU